AUGUACAAUGAAACCUAUGUGGUGAACUGCUUCACAAUCGGGACAGAGUGGAUUGCUUUUGAUGAUACUUUAUGUGCUGAUGAGGAAGACAAUAUAAAUGGACAUACUAAGUUGCAGUUGUUAGUGAUAAUUUGGACUACAACUGCAUCUGUUAUUCUUCUUCUAGCCAUUGUGCUAUACUGUUACUGGAUAAGAAAGCUCAAAUUAAAAGCUGUUGGAGAUUUUCAUCACAAUGUUCCUAAUCUGAAAGAAUAUACUUCAGCUGAGAUUGAGGGAGCUACAAAUAAUUUUUCAAUUGAAAAUAAGCUCGGGGAGCGUGGAUAUGGCCCUGUUUACAAGGCCACUCGACUAGAUGGACAGAUAAUAGCAGUCAAGAAUCUUGCAAAAACAUCAACACAAGGAUUUGAGGAAUUCAAGAAUGAGGUUUCUCUAACUGUGAAGCUCCAACAUAUCCCAUUAGACACUUUCAACUUGGAUUGGAAAAAACGUGUGGAUAUCAUUGAAGGGAUUAUUCAAGGACUCUUAUAUCUACAAGAAUAUUCAAGAUGGACUAUCAUUCAUCAAGAUUUAAAAGUUAGUAAUGUUUUAUUGGAUAAAAAUAUAAAGCCAAAAAUUUCAAAUUUUGGCAUGGCUAGAAUAUUUGUAAAAGAUGAUGUUGAAGCAAACACAGAAAGGAUUGUUGGAACAAUGGGCUAUAUUUCUCCUAAAUAUGUUAGAAGAGGCACAUACUCUACUAAAUCAUAUGUUUACAGUUUUGGCGUUUUACUUCUACAAAUUAUAAGUGGCAAGAGAGUGAUUGCCAGUUUAUAUGGAGUGAAUGAAAAUUUAAGCCUUCUAGAGCAUGCUUAUCAACUUUGGAAAAGUGGAAAAGGCACAGAAUUUAUGGAUCCGUCACUGGAUGAUACACAAUCUUCGUGUAAGUUAAUGAGAUGCUUGCAAAUAACUUUGUUAUGUGUCCAAGAAAACCGAAAUGAUAGACCAUCUACGUUGGAAGUUUCUUCGUUGUUCAAAAAUGAAACCACUAGUACACUAAAUCCCAAAGCGCUUGCUUUCUUGAAACAAAAUGAUGAUGAAGACGAUCAAAAUAAUUUUAUUAUACCACCAGCAAUUUGCUUAGUUAAUGAAGUUACACUUUUAGAAGUGGUAGCUAGAUGA